CGACUGCCGUUGGGCGCGUGACUGGGCGAACAAGAGCCGCGCGGCUAUAGAAGAGCGGAGUUUGGCGUGGUCGCAGGCUCUGCUGAGUGCUCGUCGAGUCCCUCGCUCCCAACGACCUUCACCCUACUUAGUCCCUCCUAUUUACCGGAGUCUCCCUACUCUAGUAGUCCUGGGCAGUCCUUGUCCACAAAAUUCCCCAAAAUUCACCCUAUAACGACCUAUAAGCCUUGCUCAUAGUUACCCACGUCGACUGGCCGACCGGGCUCGCCCCUUUCGCUCUUGCUUACCUGCAUAGCCUGCCCAGCUCUCAACAUUCAGUAAUUCCUAAUACCCAUCCUUUCCUGCGGCCAACAUGUCCCUAUCCGCCAACGACAACGGAUUCUCUGCCAGGGUCAACUCGGGCAAGACCCCGCCCCCUGCGCCCUCAGCUGCUUUCGCGAAAAGAGCGAGGGAGCUCGAAGCGGAACAGGGGAUAGGUGCUAGAUACAGGCCCCCCGCGCUGCGCGCCUUGGCCUCCGGCGGCUCACCUCCUAAUAACGACCUAUCUUCGUCUACGAACACCGCAGGCGACACCGGCCCCCUGUCGCCGACCAACUACCCUGCGGGCUUUAGGAGGGCGAGGGCGGGGACCUUGCCCUCCAACGUCCAGCUCGCUGCCCAGCGCUUCGCCGCGGCUUCGAGCACGCUGAGCAGCUCGACGGCGGCUGCCGCCGCCUCUGCGUCGACGGACUCGUUUUCCGAGCAGCUCCAGCGACAGAGCCUUGCACCGCCCGCAUCGGCGGCACCCGUGCGACCCGGUUUACGUCACUCGGCCUCAGUGGCUUCUUCUGUGGCUUCCUCUGCAUUGGGUGAGCGGAACAGCCGCCUCCGCUCUGGCUCGCUCACCCUCCCCUCGGGCGGCCUGUCCAACGCAUUCGGCUCGUCCCUGUUCUCAUCCUCUUGGAUGCCGAGCCGCAACGGAGGCUUACCCGUGCUAGACGAUCUGCGCUCUGUCACCUCCAUGGACUCGGGCGCCGAUGAUUUCGAUGUCCACACGCUGGAUUAUCUGGGUCUUGACGAGACCAUGCGUCACCCGCCAGCUGCAACUAUCUCAGAGCUGCGCAACCAGGCUCAAGCUGCGAUCGCGGGCAAUCUAGCUGCUAACCCGGCUAGACUUCGUGCUACCACAGUGUCGAACCCGUACAGGCCAUCUGCGGGCUCUUCAAUGCUCCCUACCCCCGGUGCGGAGGAGGAAGAGGAACUUUACGACGAACGGAUGUAUGGUAGGCAUGGUCUCAAUGCCUAUCAGGACACGGAGGACGACUACCUAUCGGCCGCGUACAUGCCGAAGGGCUUCAAGCAGAGCGACCACCUCUCCGUCGGCCUUGGCUCACGUCCCCGCGCUAUUUCGGUGGGCAAUCUCGACGACACGACGCGUGCCCUCCAAGCCCGUCGUCAGGCUGCUGCUGAGGCGCAAGCCGCAUACAAUGAUCUGCACAUCCAGACGGGCCUCGGUGGCAUCCUCCGCGCUGACAAGGGGGGUGCUCGCGGCGGAAUAUCUCCCUCCGUCCAUUUCCCGAAUGGCGAACUAUCCAGAAGCAACUCGUACCUUGCCGCUCCGUCGUCGAACCAGAACCGUGCUACGUCGCCGAAAUCGGAGGGGUCUUCCCAGAUGCAGACUCCCACCCGCUCGCUCUGGAUUGGCAACCUCGAUAACUCGGUGACCAGCGAACAGCUCAUUCACGUGUUCGCCCCCUAUGGAGCCAUUGAGUCUCUCAGGUUGCUCCCUGAGAAGGAAUGCGGGUUCGUGAACUUUGUCGACCAGGCGGACGCGAUCCGCGCCAAGGAGGACGUCCUGAACCGCCUGGGCGGAGACAUCGGCAUGCCGAACGGGCAGACCGUCCGCAUUGGCUUCGGCAAGGCUGACAGUGCGCCGGUCGCUCCUGCCAAGGGCACGAACCUGAACAGCCCGUCAGCCACAUCGCCUGGCGGUGUGCUCGGCAAGGCAGGGGGCAACAACAUAGGUCUGGCGGGGAUGGACGCGCAGCUGCAAUCCACCCCGACGAGAGCGCUGUGGAUUGGGUCGAUUCCCUCGACCACUACGCCCGCGACUAUUCUGAGUGUGUUCAGCCCGUAUGGUCCCAUUGAGUCUGCGAGGGUUCUCACGCACAAGAACUGCGGCUUCAUCAACUUCGAGCGCCUUGACGAUGCAGUGCGUGCUCGCAAGGCUCUCAACGGCCGUGAUGUGCUGGGCAGUGACGUGGGCGCCAUCCGUAUCGGCUUUGCCAAGGUGCCCGUUAAGAACGGUUCAGACGGCACCGGCGGCCAAGACGAAGGAAACGGCCUCAACGUCCAGGGCGUCGGCGACCUGAGCGUCGGUGCGACGAUCCAUGCACUGCGCAACAUCAAGGGCGCGACGACCAUCCCCGUCGACCAGCAGGUCCUCAGUGGCGCAGUGGAGAACUACCGCUCGAACCUGCUGUUGAGCUUGAUCGCCUCUGGCGCGCAUGCCGGUGCCCUUGACUCCGCUGGCAAGCCCGCUGGAUGGCCGGCUGCGGUUACGGAGCAGCAAAUGGUCAUGAGGGAACUCAGCGGCGGGAGCCCCGACGCGGAGGCCGACAUCCAGGCCCUAGCGGACUUCCGCCCUCCGAUGAUGUAUUACACGACGAUUCCGCUCGUAUCUGAGAGGCCUCACAACAGACGAUGGGAUGCAUCGAAGCUGCGUGAGCUCCGCAAAAGGCUCGACACGAGCACGAUCUCCACGGAGGAGAUCGACAACGUUGCUGCCGACUUCCUCGACGGCGAGAUCGUCGAUCUUGCUUCUGACUGGCUCGGUAACACGGUCGUGCAAAAACUGUUCGAGAAGUGCUCGCCUGCUCCUCGCCUGGCCAUGUUGGAGCGCCUGUGCCCACAUCUUGCUAUGAUUGGUAUACACAAGAACGGUACUUGGGCCGCGCAGAAGAUCAUCGAGUGCGUGCAGACCCCAGAGGAAGUGGCUCUCGUCACGCAGAACCUGAGACCCUAUGUUCCGCCACUCUUGUUGGACCAGUUCGGUAACUACGUCGUACAGUGCUGCUUGCGCUUCGGUGCGCCCGCCACGGACUUCUUGUUCGACGCGAUGGUCGAUCGUCUUUGGGAGAUCGCUCAAGGGCGCUUCGGUGCACGUAGCAUGCGUGCAUGUCUCGAGAGCAGCCACAUCACCAUCAGCCAGCAGCGCCGCAUCGCUACGGCGGUCAUCCUCAACUCGAUCCCAUUAGCGACGAACCCGAACGGUGCCCUGCUCUUGACGUGGCUCCUGGAUACCUCGAAUUUCCCGUCUAGGUACAACCUGCUUGCUCCUCGCUUCACGCCGCACCUCUCGCACCUGUGCACGCACAAACUCGCGUCGCUCACUGUGCUCAGGAUUGUCAACCAGAAGGUCGAGCCGGAGGCGUCCACCCAGAUCGUUGAGGCUCUCUUCUCGUCUCCUGGCGAUCAUGUCCUGACCGACGUGCUCGGCGACCAAGUCAACGGCGUCGCUGUCGUCCACAAGAUCUUGACGAGUCCCUUCGUCGAUCCGGUUCAGCGCCCGAGUUACGUCGAAGCUACCAAGCGGGUGCUGAUUGAGCUCAAGGUCAUCGCUACCCAAGCCUAUCGUCGUCUCAUAGAGGAAGUCGGACUGCCUGUCCCCAAUCUCCAGCCGACCUAUACCACGAACGCUCCACAGCCCAACAGCAAGAACAAGUACACUGUGCAGAGCAACUACGCCGUGCCAGGGCUGCCCGCUGGCUAUCCUUCCAACGACCAGAGCCUUGCGUCCAUGAUGGCCGCACUUCAGAUGGGUGGGCAGAAUGCUGCUUCGGGCCCGCCGCGCCUGCAGAUCGACCCUGGCUACAGUCAGGCCCCUACUGGAGGACGUGGUCGCGCCUCGAACCCUGCGUCGGCGUUUUCGCCGUCGACCGACCCCUUCAACCCAUUCGCGAUGCGCACGCCUGACAUCGCAAGCCCCAGGGGUAAUGUCCCUCGCCGCAACGGCGGCAUGCCGUCGGCUACCACGCCGUCCGCUAUUCCAUACGGCUCGCAAUCGCCGAGCCUUACUCCCAACAUGAUGGGCAUGAGCCAGCCCUCCUACAAUGGCAUGGCUUCCCCGCCGGUCCCUCCGCAUCUCUACCAAGCGUACAUGUACCAGAUGUAUCAACAGCAAAACCCUCCCUUCCACGCUUAGAGCACCAGCUAUCCGCACCGCUAUCGUUUUUGACGACUACAUGACGAUCUGUACCCGGGCCAAGUAGGUUCGAGGCAUGAGGAUACUCGUUUGUUUCUUCCGUUUCGCGUGCUGCUUCUCUCUUCGUAUAUAUACAGAUCAUACGACGGGCUUGCCAGUUGUCUCCGGACUCGAUACCCUCCCUGGCAUCGCAGUCGGUAUGCUCUCACACUCGUUGCUCAUUUACGAAAGGUCACAAAAGUCGGACAUGGUCCUGUUCGGGUGGCGUCGCUACUGACGCCAUGAGGGGCGCAUGGUUGGUUGUUCUCGCACUCUCUCGGUUUCUCUCACUCAAUGUACAAGUAUGGGAAGGCUGUAAAGUAUGGCCGCAUAUCAAUAUCAUAUAGACCAAGCUGCAUUACAUC